AUCACAUUUUCUUUUUCCAAAUAAACGGGGAUGACCACACUUCCAGCUUAUGAUUAAACUGAAUUAAAAGAAAAAAGCUUAUGAUCAAACAGUGAAAAAAAAUGCAGAGCUUAGUUCGCAGGCUCACGGUGGUCACACGCCAUCAUUCCCAACGCCAACCCAAUCUCCCCUUCAAUUCUCACCGUAUCUCUCACACUCAUCUUCAACCUUCCAAUCCAGGGCAUCGCAUUCCCUCUUCCUCCGCCAUUCAUCAUUUUCACUCAUGGCGCUCCCUUUCCACCAUCCUUCGUUCCUCUCUCUCCCAACCAAGGAUCGCCCAACAGUUCGCAUCCGUCUCGCGCAACUAUCUCUCCACUUUAUUCUCCAAAACCCUCCUUGUUCGUAGUUUUCCCAGAGUUCAUUUUUAUAGACAGAACUUCAGUUUCAACCAAAAUUAUAACUCUUACCGGCGUGGUUGGAGGUCAUGGUUUAACAGGCUAACACCAAAUGACGUGGUUCUGGGUUUGAUUGUAUCUAAUGUUGCUGUUUAUUUAUUUUGGAGGAUAGCAAAUGAAAAGUUUAUGCUAAAUAACUUUACUAUCUCCUUGGACAAUAUUAAGAGUGGACGCUUGCACACUUUGAUCACCAAUGCAUUCAGUCACGCAGAUACCUGGCAUUUAAUUUACAACAUGAUUGGACUCUACUUCUUUGGAGGGAAUAUUGUAAGUCAAUUUGGGCCUGAAUUUCUGCUGAAGCUAUAUCUUGCUGGCGCAAUAGGUGGUUCUGUUUUCUAUCUGGUGCAUCAAGCCUACAAGGCUCAAACAGCUAAGGGCUGGGGAGCUAUCAACUCUUCAAGGGAAUUUGCAUUGGGAGCAAGUGGAGCUGUGAAUGCAGUUAUACUGCUGGACAUAUUCCUCAAUCCAAGAGCAACUUUAUACUUGAACUUUUUUAUACCAGUUCCCGCGGCAUUGCUGGGUGUCUUUUUGAUCGGGAAAGAUUUGCUGAAUAUAAUUGAGGGAGACAAUACGAUAUCAGGAUCUGCACAUUUGGGGGGUAUUGCAGUUGCAGCCAUAGCAUGGGCAAGAGUUCGGAAAGGAAGAUUCUAAAUCCACUUUUUGACACCUCCGCAAAACUGAUUUUUAUUUGUUAGUUAUACUAUUCAAUCAGUUAUUGAGGCCAUAACAAACCAUUUGUUAUCAUUUUAAUUAGCAACCAUAUAUAAGGUAAAUUGAUUGGGUUAUGUUGUUAUAAAAAAAAAGUUGUUCUGUCAAAAAUAAGCUAUUAGUUUAGAUUUAGUUAAUAAAGCAUAUGCUUCACAA